CGUGAGUCCGGCAGCGGGAGUGCAGAGGAGGGAUGGCGGAGAAGAGCCCUGACCCGAGCGGCUCCAACGGUCGGCGGUGUCCCGCUCCUUCUCCCGGAGAGAGGCUGCAGCCAUCCGGAAGCGGCUCUUCCAAAUGGGUUCGUCUGAACGUCGGCGGCACCUACUUUCUAACGACGAGGCAAACGCUGUGUAGAGACCCGAAAUCUUUCCUGUACCGCCUGUGCCAGGCCGACCCCGACCUCGACUCUGACAAGGAUGAAACGGGUGCUUAUUUGAUAGACCGAGAUCCCACUUAUUUUGGUCCAGUGCUCAACUAUUUGAGACAUGGGAAGCUGGUGCUGAACAGAGGCCUGGCAGAGGAAGGUGUGCUGGAAGAGGCUGAAUUCUACAAUAUCACUUCACUGAUUAAACUGGUCAAAGACAAAAUCAGGGAGAGGGAUUGUAAGACCGCUCAGCUUCCAGUAAAGCACGUCUACAGAGUCCUGCAGUGUCAGGAGGAGGAACUGACUCAGAUGGUCUCCACCAUGUCAGAUGGCUGGAAGUUUGAACAGCUGGUGAGCAUCGGCUCUUCAUACAACUACGGAAACGAGGAUCAGGCCGAGUUCCUCUGCGUGGUCUCCAAGGAGCUGCACAAUCAGUCAUACGGCACAAACAGCGAGCCCAGUGAAAAGGCCAAGAUUCUUCAAGAACAAGGCUCUCGAAUGUGAAACAGCUCGUGUUUUAUGGCCUCGGGAUCUCCUGCAGUUGCCGGGCAAAAAAAAAAAAAAAAACAACAACCCACCACCAUAUCACACUGAGAGAGAAUAUUCAAGUCAAGCGGAAUGACAACCUAUUUGGAAUGGAUGUUCUGUUUUGUUUUGUUUUAGAUGAAAUGACACUUGUUUGUGCCUGCACAGCUUGACCGGACUGUUUAUUUCUUGACAUUGGCGGAUCGUUUCCGAAACGUUAUUUUUGUCUGGAAGGUAGGAAUAUGCAUGUCAUUUAGUAAGGCUCAAUCACGUCUGGUCCAAUCAUGUUUACUCAGGGUCUCUUUAUCGGCUUUCACAAAAUGUUUAUCAUGCCGUUUGUGGUCCAAUGAGCAAUUUUGUCCGAAAAAAAGGAAAAUAUUUACAAAUGUAUAGUAUGCCGGAAAGUUAAACCUCAUCGUUUAAAAUCGUAAUUAUGAGAGUUGAGUUUAAAAAAAAGAAAAGAAAAGAAAGAAAAAAAAAGUAUUUUGAGAUUUCUUUAUAAAUAGUGGCUUGCGUGUACUGGUGAGGGGUUGGUGGGUUUUUAUAGCAAAGAUUUGUUUUGGCAUGUUGGUAAUAACAGAUAAGACUGAUCUUUUUUUCCUUCUAUUGCAUAGUGUUAGUUAUGCCAGAAGGGUGAACAGUCUUCAACAGUUUGCCUCAAAGCUUCCUCCCGUUUGGUGAGGUUUGACUGUUGCUGCCUUGAAUUGGCUGAUGAGAACAGAAAAUGUUUGUCUUCCAUCCCCACGUGUUCAUUCCACAUGGACUCUGCUUAAACUGGAACUAUUUUAAAUGCCUUUUUUUUUUGUGGGGGAAGGGUUGAAAAACAAAACACCUGACACUGUUGACUAAUGAAACGUGUUCAAUUUGCAACAGAUGGUUUUGGUUAAUUGGAGAGCAUUCACGGGUUGUUUCGCCGCUUCAUUUAAUCAUCCUCGUGUCAUUCCAUGACCUGAAGACAUUUUGUUGAUGUUCUGUAGAUCACUGAAGAAGAACAGCUGAAACUGGUCCUUUGUGAGAAAUACAAUGCACGGUCCUAAAAACAGGAUGCAGAUAAAACAAAGUUAAAGUCAUUAAGCAAAAAAAAAA